UGGCGCCGGAGCCCUAAACCCUAGGCCUCGCCGUCGGCGGAGGCGGCGGCGCGAUGUCGCACUUCGGGAGGUCGGGCCCGCCGGACAUCCGCGACACCUUCUCGCUCCUCGUCCUCAACAUCAGCUUCCGAACAACGGCUGACGACCUACACCCGCUCUUCGACCGCUACGGCAAGGUCGUGGACGUCUUCAUUCCGCGGGAUCGGAGGACUGGGGACUCUAGGGGUUUCGCCUUCGUGCGGUACAAGUACGCUGAUGAGGCUCAGAAGGCUGUAGAUCGGCUUGAUGGGCGUAAUGUGGAUGGCAGGAACAUCAUGGUGCAGUUUGCCAAGUAUGGCCCUAAUGCGGAGCCAAUCCGUAAAGGAAGGGUCAUUGAGGAAGUUGAGAAAUCUGGUGACAGGUCAAGAAGCCGUAGCCCUAGGGCAAGGCACAGAGAUGGCCGUAGAGACAGGGAUCAUAAGAGGCGUAGUCGCAGCAGGAGCAGAGAAAGGCAUGGGCGUGAUAGGGAUAGAGAUCGUCGUCGUCACAGCCGAAGCCCAAGCCGGAGUUUAAGCCCUGACUAUAAAAACCGUCGUAGAACAAGGGAUGAUCAUAAGCGCAGGAGCAAGAGCAGGAGCAGAAGUCGAAGCGGCUCAUACCAUAGUGCUUCACCUACUCGCCGCGGUGCUAGUCCUCGCAAGAGCCCAGCACCUCGCAGGAGCCCAACUCCACACAGCAGAAGCCCAGCACCACGCAGCAGGAGCCCAGCACCACGCAGCAGGAGCCCAGCACCACGCAGCAGGAGCCCAAAACAACGCAGCAGGAGCCCAGCACCACACAGCAGGAGCCCAAAAUCACGCAACAGGAGCCUAACACCACAUAGCAGGAGUCCAACACCACCCAAGAGCCCCUUAGAUGAAAGUUCCAGAAAGCAGACAAAUGGAAAAGGUUCACCUCCCUCACGCAGUGUUUCACUAUCACCACGGCGUGCUAGCUCUCGUAGCCCAGGCAGCGAUGGCAAGGAGUGAAGCUUGCUGUGAUGCCAGAGAACAGGGGACUGCCAUAAUUUGGCUGAGCAUGAUGGGAGCAGCACUGAGCUGCUAUUCAAGGUUGCUAGCUGUGCUUUGUGGUUUCUUAGAUGUGUUUUUCAGUACUAUCAGAAUUACGCUGUUGGUUUGUGUUUGACUUUAUCAUGCUUUAUCUUGAUACUGUUGUAUUAACUUGUCAAAAUGUUUUGUGCAUUUUUUAGUUAUCUGUUCGUGAGA